CUGCUUUUUGGGCAUCCGAAGCUCAACUCCGAUGAUACAAGCCGUGCUGAAGAAUGUUUCUAUGGAUCUGACUCCCUUGCGCAACCGAGAAUUGGAUCGUCAACGAUUAGCAGAAAGGCUGUCCGUUGUGCAAAACUGCGAUAAUGCGAACAAAAGGAGAAGAGACAAUGUGCAAUUUCAGUCGCAACAUCCAACAACCAUAGCCUUUUACAGGAUGGAUAAACAUGAAAAUAUAAACAAAUGCAUGUAG